UUAGUCCCCGAAAGGCCGAUCUAAGCGAUCAACCGACUUCCGUAUGAUCAAAAGAACUUGAAGUAAUAAAACUCCGGGACCAUGCAGGUUUCAGUCUGUGAUACGACAAAGACUUCUUCAACAUGAAUACGAUUAGAUCAACCUGGUAUGCUCGCGCAAAUUCCUCCGGGCGGAGAAGAGCUGUCGCGUCUGUCGAUGCGCUUGCCGCCAGCAAGUCCUUCACUGUGCAAGAUCACAGGCUGAUUUACUUUUCCUUUAGGUACGGCUGGGGAGUCCUCUGCGUUGCAGGCGGUGGCGCAUAUUACUUCGCAAAGAAAUCCAUCAAUGCCGAUCGAGCUGCUCGGUUCGAAGCCGAACAGAAAUCAAAAGCCUACCAACGACGCCUAGAAGACUCAUCCUACACAGCCUCCAAAUCGAAGUCUCGAACGAGAACACAAGCAGAUCCCUCCAGUGGAACACAUAAUGCGAAAGGUCUUGAUCAUGCAGGCAGCCCAAGUAGCGAGAUCAGUGAAGAGGCAGCUCCUGUAGGCCAUGCACCCAUCGACAAUGAUCAGAGGAUACGAGAGAAGAGCAAAUACGAAGCAGCUGAGCCAUACAGAAGCAAAAAGGGGGAUCGAUUGGGCUGAAGUUGAGAAAGAAGACGAAAUAUGUCACAGAACACCGGAGCGAUACGGAGUACUGAUGACCAGAAGUUCAAUUGCUGUGUACAUGUACCGCGUGCCAUGCUCGACAAAAAAUGCUGAGCUCGAUACCCCAGGAAAUACCAAACUCCAUUCCAACCAUGCUUGCUCCUCCUUGGAUAUGAUGCUGAUGAUUACAACCAAUCCCGAAUGUGUCAAUGCGCUCAACGCCAGGAAGAUGUCGUUAAUGUGCCGGUCUUCGUAUCAUACGUGACAGCAUAGAGGCGCAUAGUGUUUUCUCGAGGCAUUCGGGUGUCCUGAAUCUCUUUCGCGUUUGGACUCGAUCGCUGGUGGGACAAAAGGCAGGACAACAGCCGAUGUGAUCAAGGCACCAGCCACUGCAGACUGUAAUCUUGUUGCUGGCCUGGGUGCUUGCGCAGAAAAAUGGCGGAUUGCCGUCUGAGACAAAGAAUGUGAAAGGGUGCCUGCGAGACUCAUGGUUGUAGAUGAGAAUUACACCCUGCUGAAAGGUAAGGACUGGCAGCCGGAGGAGAGUUUGCUAACAGUGGAAGACAG